AUGGCUCAGGAGGCAGAACAGGCCAUGGCGCCCAAGGAGGUCAAACGGGCCGUGCCUCCCAAGGCGAAGGUGCCGACAAAAUUGGAGAGGGAGGCCGAUUUGGUGAUGGGAACAAACAACAGCAGCAUUGUUUCCAAACGCAGCGUCGAGCUUCGCUAUUACCCCCGCUAUGAAUACUUCCGUCCCUUCGUCAAGAAACCGCAAAGACGAGCCCCAUUGAUAAACCGCGGGUACUGGCUUCGCAUGCAUGCGAUUACGCAGUCAGUCCGUCGGUUCUUGCAAAAGACAGAUGACCGGCCGAAAUUUGUCUUGAAUUUGGGAUGUGGAUAUGACCCGCUGGCUUUUCAGUUCCUGGACUCCGAGAAGCAAAUAUGUAGCAACGCGACGUUUGUGGAUAUCGACUAUGAAAAGUUGAUGGGCAUCAAAACUACAGUCAUCCAGCAAACCGAGUCCUUACAAAAUAUACUGGGAGAGAUCAAAGCAUAUCCAGAAUCCAAUGCCGUGCUCUUGCGGGCCCCUCAAUAUGUUGCUGUCGGAUGUGAUCUGAAGAAUUUAAAAAAGCUGGAGAGCAGUCUGGAUGAGGUUAUUGGCUCUGCUCCUGCCUCUGUACUUUGUAUAGCCGAAGUGUCGCUCACAUACAUGGACAUCGAGUCGGCUGAUGCACUUCUGUCGUGGAUCCCGAAACUUGGUAAAGAUACCGAGUUUUGCUUAUUAGAGCAAUUCUUCCCAGAUGGACCAAAUCAUCCGUUUGCAUACACUAUGAUGAACCAUUUCCACAAGCUCCAAGCACCGCUUCAUUCGAUUCACAAGUAUCCAAGUCUCCGGAUGCAGGAGGAGCGCUUCACUUCCAAAGGAUGGCUUAGCGCUUCGGCUCGAAACUUGUGGGAGGUUUGGAAUGACAACUCCUUCCUGAGCGCCUCACAGAGAAUGGAUCUAGAUAAGGUCGAGCCGUUCGAUGAAUGGGAGGAGUUUGCCCUUUUUGCCUCGCACUACUUUCUUUUGACGGCGUCCACUUCUGACAAGGAGAGCCGAGAAACCACCGAGGUGGCCCAGUACAGCAGUUUUUCCAAAGCUCCACUAGCAUUAUUCUCUUAUACGCCUCAGGUCCAAAGACAUCGAAGAUUUGCUGCUGUAGUUCCAGACAGUAUUGACUCCUUGGGUGUUCACGGUGGUCUAGGAAACCAAACUCGCAUGGUUUCUACUGACUUGUACGUGGCAGGAAAGGGGAUCACCAAACCAGUCCAGAAUCUACCUGCAAAUGGGAUACCAGCGCGUAUGUGCCACACCAUCACUACACUCCAAGAUGGGAGUUGCUUGCUCGUGGGAGGACGUGCAUCGCCAGCUGUAGGAUCGAGUGACUGUUGGAUUCGUCAAAACAAUAUCUGGAAGUCGGUGCAUCCUCUUCCGAGUUCUCGGUUUCGCCAUUGCGCAGUAUGCAUCCAAGUUGAAGAUGGCUCCGAGAAUGUUCUGGUUUAUGGCGGCAAAUCCAGCGAGGGAUUUACACUGGGAGAGUGGUUGCUCUGGGAUGACCAGCUGGGCUGGCAAAAACCAGAGGUUGAGUGUCAGACUGACGUCCCAAGUCGAUUUGGUGCCGCAAUGAUGGGGCUCGCCUCAUCGACAGGUUUCUUGUUCGGGGGUAUGUCCCAAGAUGGCAUAGUAUUGACUGACUUUUGGAAAUGGACUGUCAAAGUACGCGAAGACGGGAUCAAAGUUGUAGAACUCGUUGAUCGGACAGCCGAGCUGGGCAAAGUCACUGCUGCGUUUGACUACAUUGGGCGUUUUGGUGCAUCAGUCACUAUGAUCUCUGAUAAUAUGGUCAUCAUUGGCGGCCUCGGUGUCCAUGGGGUUCUUCCACACGAGAUGGAAAUAUUGUGUCUAAAUAUAGGGGAACUGGCUCAGGAAGAAUGGGGUUCUUUGACGGUGCAAUCUAUCUAUGCGCGAACUGAAACACCAGGUGCUCGACCGCUCCUCGUUGGCCAUGUUUCUUGCAAUGCUGGUCUUUCCUCCACAGGGAUGAUUGUCAGUGGCGGGGCAGUGUGUUUUUCAUUCGGAACCUUUUGGAACAAUUCUAUCUGGCUUUUGCAAGACGUCUCCUGGGCUAGGGAUUUCGUCCAGUGGGUCUUGUUAGACGAGCUCGAGGAAAUAGACACGAGAAAGCCAAAACCUGCAGCAGAGGAGAUGCCUAAAGAACUCGCGAGUCCGGGUGAAAUCACUACUGUCCCCAGACAGAAAGUUGACUCGCCGGCUGAGUUUGAAGAAAUCAUGGCCCGGGCACAACCGGUGGUCAUAACAGGCGCUGAUCUGGGCCGCUGUACGAGCAGCUGGACUAAGGAAUAUUUGAUACAGGCCCUAGGGGCUGAUCGCCAAGUGAUUGUUCACGAGGCGCACUCAGGCCACAUGAACUUUCAGAAAAAGAAUUUCUCGUAUGUCACGAAAAGCCUGAAGAUGUUCCUGGAUGAGAUAUACCAGGGAAGCCGUCAAUAUCUUCGAUCGAUAUCAGCAGAUCAGCCGACGAAGAAAGCAGCAAAUCUUGCCGAUGAUUAUUCCGAGAUUCAAGCAGAUUUCCAACUUCCGCCCUCACUGCGAUUUGUUCAGGAAAAUGCACACAGCUCUCCUCUGCGCAUAUCCGGGGCAGUCACUAUGUGGCUUCAUUACGAUGUCAUGGCAAACGUGUACUGUCAGGUCCAAGGGCAAAAAAAGCUUAUUUUAUAUCCGCCUUCGGAUGUGCAACACCUUAAAUUGCCACCCGGGGCUUCUAGUUCAAUUCUGGAUGUAUUCGACGCUGCUUCUGCUGAUAAGGUGCUGUCUAUACCUAAUACCUCGCUUCACGAAACGUUGUUGAACCCGGGGGAUAUUCUUUUCAUCCCCCCAUUGUGGUUACACGCUGCCUCGCCCACGGAAGGAGUCAGCAUCGCAGUCAACGUGUUUUUCCGCAACCUGAGUAGCGGGUAUGCGCUGGGUCGCGAUGUGUAUGCGAACCGAGAUCUGCAGGCGUACGAGAGGGGACGUAACGAGCUAGAUAAAGUCAGCCGAAGCUUUGAUGGGGUCCCGCCUGACAUGGCCAAUUUCUACCUCCUACGGCUGGCGGAUGAGCUGCGGGAGAAGGCGCAAAGAUGA